GGUCUUCUUAUCAUCCCAUCCCCCUCCCCUUUUCGUUGAUAAUCAGCAACGCGCACUCGCUUUACUACAAACACGUCCAAUACCUGCGCCUCCUCAAAAUCAUCCCUAUAUCAUUCCGAGAGCUCCCCCGGCUCUCGGGAGCUCAAGAGGAGAUGGCCAUGAAGUGCGAGAAGGCUUCCCGCGCCGGGAAGAGCGAGAGAAUGUCAGAGUUCGAGCGAGAGGAUGUGCUCACGCCCGCGCGUGCCGUACACCGUUGGGCCUGA